CUUGGAGAGCCACUGCAUUCUGGGAGUUGUAGUCUCCCGGGCCGCUGGUCUCACCUCAAUACCCCACCCCUAUGCGGCCUACGUGUGGAGAAGACCCGACGCGGAAGCUUAGAGCGGCGGCGCGAGCCCCAGAGAGACACCGCCCUCCAACCUUUGGCCCCUGACGCCGGGGCUAGCUCCGCCUCCUCGCCAAUCUGAACCACAGCUCAAAAUGGCGGCAGAGGUGGAUUUCGGCGACCUGGAGCUUUUUGAGGCGUUUGAGCACUUAGAAGAGUCGAUUCCGAAGGCCGUUCAUACCCGCUUCAAGGACGACGACAGCGAAGAGGAAAACGAGAAUGGGGUGGACGACGCCGGGCUGCGGGAGCGGCUUCGACAGUGUGAGGAGACCAUCAAGCAGCUACGCGCCGAGAAUCAAGAACUUAAAAGAAAGUUGAAUAUUCUAACUCGACCAAGUGGAAUAUUGGUGGACAACACUAAGCUAGAUGGACCUUUAUUACAGAUUCUAUUUAUGAACAAUGUCAUUUCAAAGCAAUACCAUCAAGAAGUAGAGGAAUUUGUAUCAAAUUUAGUAAAAAGAUUUGAGGAGCAACAGAAAAAUGAUGUGGAAAAGACUUCCUUUAAUCUUUUGCCCCAGCCAUCCAGUGUUGUGUUAGAAGAGGACCAUAAACUAGAAGAGUCCUGUGCCAUUAAAAACAACAAUGAAGCUUUUAGUGUUAUAGGAAGUGUCCUGUAUUUUACUAAUUUUUGCCUUGAUAAAUUGGGGCAACCGCUACUAAAUGAAAACCCUCAGCUUACCGAAGGAUGGGAAAUACCCAAGUACCAGCAAGUCUUCAGCCACAUUGUUUCUCUAGAAGGGCAAGAAAUACAAGUAAAGGCAAAAAGGCCAAAGCCUCACUGUUUCAAUUGUGGUUCUGAGGAUCAUCAGAUGAAAGAGUGUCCAAUGCCUCGGAAUGCUGCUCGAAUCAGUGAAAUGAGAAAAGAGUAUAUGGAUGCCUGUAGUGAAACAGUCAAUCAGAAUUUUCAGCAGCGAUAUCAUGCAGAAGAGGUAGAAGAAAGAUUUGGAAGAUUCAAACCAGGAGUUAUUAGUGAGGAGCUUCAGGAUGCUUUGGGUGUAACAGAUAAGAGUCUUCCACCUUUCAUAUAUCGAAUGCGCCAGCUAGGGUACCCACCUGGGUGGCUUAAAGAAGCUGAAUUGGAGAAUUCAGGACUUGCACUAUAUGAUGGGAAAGAUGGUGCUGAUGGGGAAACCGAAGCUGGAGAAGUACAGCAUAAUAGAAAUGUCACCUAUGAUCUCUCAAAAUUGGUAAACUAUCCAGGUUUUAAUAUAUCUACUCCCAAAGGAAUUCCAGAUGAAUGGAGAAUGUUUGGUUCUAUACCAAUGCAAGCAUGUCAACAGAAGGAAGUGUUUGCCAACUACCUUACUUCCAACUUCCAAGCGCCGAAUGUGAAAUCUGGCAGCAAGAGGUCUUCAUCUCAGUCCAGCCCUGGGAGUCCAAAGAAGCACAAGGGGACUAGCUCUGCAGCCUCGCCUACGGACAUGGAGUUGGACUCUGAUGUAGAGGGCCCACAUGGGUCUCUGAGCAAUGAAGCUUUUCAGUUUCAACCACCCUUACCACCUGGCACGCCUCCUCCUUUGCCACGGGGAACCCCACCACCCGUCUUUACCCCUCCACUCCCCAAGGGUACCCCUCCACUGACUCCCAGUGACUCACCCCAGACCAGGACAUCGGCAACUAUGGAUGAGGACGCACUGACUCUGGAAGAACUUGAAGAACAGCAGAGACGAAUAUGGGCAGCCCUGGAGCAGGCAGAUAGUGUAAACAGUGAUUCUGAUAUUCCCAUGGACACACCCUUAACUGGAAAUUCGGUUGCCUCUUCACCUUGUCCAAAUGAGCUUGAUCUCCCUAUUCCAGAGGGGAAAACAUGUGAAAAGCAUGUCCCAGAAGAGCCUGAAGUACCAGACACUUGUACAGAGAAGUCAGAAGGUGAACAGUUGUCAGUUCCAGAUAGUGAGGCUACAUUGACAUCUCAGAAGGAAAAGGAAGAGUCUGCUCAGGUAGACCUGAAAGGUGCUCUUGAUAAUGGCAAUGUUGUGUCGGACUGUGACGUCAGGAAUGGAGGCAGCCAGCAACACCUACAUGUUGACACCAGUCCUUCAACAGCCACAAAAACGCACAGUCCUGUACCUGACAUGAGCAAGUUUGCAACCGGAAUAACACCAUUUGAAUUUGAAAAUAUGGCUGAGUCUACUGGCAUGUAUCUCAGGAUACGAAACUUGUUAAAGAACUCUCCUCGAAACCAGCAAAAAAACAAGAAGGCUUCUGAGUAACUGCUUGACUUAGCACAAAGAACUAUUUGUCAUAACUUCUGUGCUGUAUUAAUUAGUACUGAAUAGAUAAAAUUGUUUGUCCCUACCAUGUGUAAAAAUCCAUCCAAGGCUUCAUUGUGAUCAGGCCUAUUUUAAAGACUAGAGAGAUUAAGCUUGUUGGUUUACUCUAUUUUAUUCUUACUGAUAAAAACUUGGGGCAAGGGAUGUACAUGAGUAUGAACUGCUCCAAAGUAGUUUAUUAUGGUUUAUACUACUUUUGGAUCGUGUCUGUCAAAAAGUGAUGGUUUUUAUGUCUUUUGUACAUUGUUUUCCCUUUCUACACUUUUGCUAAUUAUCCUGUAUAUAAGUUUAUUAAAUCACUUUUUAAAAGAAAAAAUCUAACCAUUUUAAAUCCAUAUUUUAGCUCUGACAACCAAAUGAGAAAAAUCAGGGAUGAGCAUCUUUAUUCCAUUUGGGGUACUUUUGUAAAUUAUUCACAUGCAUCGGUUUUAAUAACACUUAUUUUUUUUUUUUGUAACUUCAUUCUUCAUAUAAGCUUGCUAUGCCAGUAUGUUCAUCUUUGUCUACAAAGGUUUAGUAAAUAAUUUUUGUAUACAUAAUCUAAGACCUUGAAUCCCAAAAAGUAAUUUAAAUUAAAUUAGUAUAUAAGCUGUUUAAGUUAGGGGGGUGGAUUAUGUGGAUACAGAAAUUAGUGUAGGAAUGUAAAUAUAUGGAACUGCAAAUUGGGGUGUUUUCAGUUGAAUUCCAGCCUUACAGUAAAAAAUAGCAAAUUCUGCUACAAUAAUUAUUUUUGAAAAAAUGGAGUGUUUCUACCCUCUGUACAAAAACAAAUAAAUUUCUAUUUGAAAUCUGAAAUGAUGGUUUAAAAUUUUGACAAAAUUGGUUAUGACAGCUCUUAUACAGCUGAAAGUAUGUCUUUUGUCUUUAUGGGGAAUGCUAUUACAUCUUUAUAGUCAUAUCUGAGCAUCUAGAUGAUCUUGAAUUAUUAGUCUCAGGUAGUGUUAGCCUGCUCUCAGUCCAUUAGAGGGAGCAAAAUAAAACCAUUCCAAAUUUAAUUUCAUUUUGAGAACUUGAAUAAUGAAGCAUUUAUAUGAAAGGAGGAAAUUUAUUUUCAAGACAGAACAUGCUGGAAAUUGAAUAAAAAUUUAAAUACU